AUGGACACCAGAGUCCUUGCUGAAAUUCGGUCAGAGUCCUUGAUCCAGUUACUUUCAGCCGUGAAAUAUGAAACAGCACCUCCGGGUUCAACUCUGAUACCAGCUCUCGAUGCCCACUUCUUCUCAGCCCCUUUCCACCAUGCAUCCCCCUACUCUUCAUUAAAUCGAGGAGAUGUAAUCGAAAUUCAAGGUCUUCCAGGGUCUGGCAAAACACAUCUCCUCUACUUUCUUUUGGCGACCUGCCUGUUGCCGUCUUCGCAUCUGUUUGCCCCACUUGGCGGCUGGGAACGUGUCGCGUACGUUUUAGACAUGGACCAAGCCUUCGAUAUUCGUCGGUUCAAGCAACUGCUCUCAAAUCGUUUGACGCGUCUAAUUCCAGCCCAUGCAGUCCCACUGGUCGCUGCGAAGUGUCUUGACCGUUUGCACAUUUUCCGUCCGACAUCUUCCAAUCAGCUUGCGGCAACCAUCGCCCAUCUGCCAAAGUACCAUGCAACUCAUUUCCGAGAACUCGAUUUGGGAUUGAUUGCACUAGAUUCCGUGAGCACUUUCUGUUGGAGAGACCGCUUGACUGUCGAACAAUUGCGAUCUGGUCCACCACUUCAUGAUCCCAGAUUAAAUCCAAAUCCUUUGCACCACAUUCUAUCGAAGCUGCAAGAAAUUAGGCUCUCUCAUGGUGCGAUUACGGUCAUGACAAAUUGGGGCCUCGUCGCACAAAAUAAACCGUUAACUGGAUUCUUCAACCAACAUUUAAACCCAUAUCCCUCCCCGUUUGUUGGGUCAACGAAGGAUUUUGAAUUAUUUCCAUUGACCCACCAUAUUACACUUUCGGCGGAGCACCCUGGAAAACCCUCAGAAGAGACGCAGAUAUUCCAUGGCGCGGUUCGCACCUCCAGUGCAAAUCAGGUUGGCAAAUUUACAUUUCACAUCACGGAGAACGAGAUUCUUGUGUCGAAAUAG